AUCUUGGUAUAUAUUACUCAGAUUGAUAACAACUCCUCUCAGUUUUCUUUCGUAUUUCUGAUUUUUUCAUCUUACUUCCAUUAUUCGGUUCUGCAUAUCGUAAGAGGAAAUAAUAGCUGAGGAAAAGGUAAAAAUAUGGAUAGCGUGUUUCGUACUCGUUCUUUGGGAGCAGCAGCUGAGGGUGUGAGAGAUCAGUAUGCAGAUGGAACAGCAGCCAAAGUUUGGGAAGCCUUCAUCGGCGAUAAGAACCAGAGGAAACAAAAUUACAAAAACUUCCUCGUAGGUCUUCUUCGAGAAAGGGGAUGCCGUCGAAUUUUGGACGUUGCCUGUGGAACAGGAGUUGAUUCUAUAAUGCUUCUUGAAGAAGGUUUCGAAGUCGUCAGUGUUGAUGCUUCAGAUAAAAUGUUGAAGUAUGCCUUAAAAUCAAGGUGGAACAGAAGAAAUGAGCCAGCUUUUGAUAAAUGGGUGAUUGAAGAAGCUAAUUGGUUGACUUUGUACGAUGACAUCGCUCACUUGAUAGAAGACGGUUUUGACGCUGUGAUUUGCCUAGGAAAUAGUUUUGCGCAUUUACUUGACUCUUUUGGGGAUCAGAGAGAGCAGAGGCAAGCUUUAUCAAAUUUUGAGCGUUGCGUGAAAACCGGUGGUCUGUUACUAAUCGAUCACAGAAAUUAUGAUUAUGCGAUUGAAACAGGUCGUACACCAACACAAUGCGUCUAUUAUAACAGCAAGCAUCUGCAGCAGAUCAUCACAUCUGUUCUUUUGACAAGUGGAAAGCCGAGUCUGGUUACUUUAGAUUACGUAAUUGACUUGAACGUUGAUGGUAAUACAAAUAUGAACAACUCCGACAGCGUCUGCCAAUUUAGAUUAUCAUAUUAUCCUCACAAACUGUCUCUUUUCGGAGACAUGCUUAUGGAGGCCUUUCACUUUAGAGCGAAACACACGAUUUAUGGUGAUUUUAAACCUAUCGACGAGAAGAAAAUUCCAGGAUUCUUCAUCCACAUUCUGGAAAAAACGACUGGAAGUAAGCAGAAUGCGUCAUGAGGCGGUAAAAAAUUAAUUUGGAAGGAGCCAUUAAGUUUUUUUGGUAAAUCCAGGCAUCACAAUUCAAAAUUUGGUCCCUAUAUUUCUAGCUAUUACCUAUUUCAUUGUAUUUUUUGAGAUUCCGAGAAAUUUUUAAUAGAUUUCUUAUUAAUAUCAUUAAUUUAAAGGGAUUUAAAAGCGCUUGAAAUAUUUUUGGAUAAAGAAUGAUUUUAAGGGUUUUUUUUAACUCUCAAGGCGCUUUAAUAAAUUUUCGAGGAUAUCAAGAAAUAUCACCAGAUUUCAUAGAAUUUUACAGAAUUUAAUAACAUUUUAGUGGAUUUGAAAGAAUUUAUUCAAGAAAAGUGAGUUCUUUCGUAAUGAUUCAAGGAUUUGAAAUU